CGAUAUACACUAAAAGUCAUUCCUUGUCCUCUGAUAGGCUACUGUCCUGCUGUGAUGUCAUGAGUGCUUGCUUAUAAAAGGGAUGAGGGGCUCAGCUGCUCCAAAAGGGCAAGUGUGGUUGAGGGCUGACAGAGUGUGUUUAUACAUGAGUGUGUACUGGAAAGAGAGAGCGAGGCAGAGUAUGUGUGUGUGUUUCACACACAAAACCAGACAUUCAUAACGCAGCAGAAGAGGAAGAGAGAUGAAAAGCUGCUGACAAAACCAUUAUAAUGAUACUUUGUGCUGUGGAUUUAAAAGCGUUUGGAGUAUCAAAUCACUGGAUUGUAAAGCAGAGGACGGAGCCUGGAGAUCAUGGAACAUGUGAGUGCUGUCUCAGCACUGGUUAACCAAUCAGAGCACAGCAACUCCUCCCUGGUCUCUGAGUACAGCAAUGCAGAGCUCAUACUGCUGGGUGUUGCAAUGGCUAUUCUGGUUCUUGCCAUAGUUUUUGGUAACGUGCUGGUGAUUACAGCCAUCCUGCGGUUCCAGCGGCUCCAGACAGUCACCAACCUCUUCAUUGCCUCGCUGGCUAUUGCUGACCUCAUCAUGGGUUUGGUUGUGGUCCCCUUUGGCUCCAGUUACAUCUUGCUAGGAGCCUGGCAGUUUGGAAACUUCAUGUGUGAAUUCUGGACAGCAACUGACGUGCUGUGUGUGACAGCCAGUAUCGAAACCCUGUGUGUGAUUGCUCUGGAUCGCUACCUCGCCAUCACCUCACCACUCCGCUACCCAAUGCUACUCACCAGGGGUCGGGCUUUUGCAGUGGUCCUCGGGGUUUGGGCAGUGGCCUCCCUCAUCUCCUUCCUGCCCAUCCAUCUGAAGUUGUGGGUGUCAGAUGAUGAUGAGGCUCGCAAGUGCAUGGCCGAGGAGUACUGCUGUGAUUUCAACACCAAUGCAGCGUACGCGGUGUCUUCCUCCAUUGUGUCGUUCUACCUGCCGCUGGUGGUGAUGAUUUUCCUGUACACCCGGGUCUUCCAGGAGGCUCAGAAACAGCUGGAGAAGAUCAGAGGGAGGGAGAGGCACUUCUAUAAUUUGCAUUACACUGCACAACUGACUUAUCCCGAUGAUAGCCCUGCAAUGAAUAAACUCAGGGCAGGAAAUGAGGUGGGAAAACAAGCAGGAGAGGACAGACUAAACAUGCAGAAAACAGGAGGUAUAGACACUGGUAAGGAGGAAAAGUUAGGAGAGAGCAGUGUAAGGACAGAAAAAGGGGAAGGAAAAUACUCCACCAAACGUCUUAAGUUCUGUCUUAAGGAGCACAAGGCUGUGAAAACUCUUGGGAUCAUCAUGGGAACCUUCACGUUGUGUUGGCUACCCUUCUUCAUCCUAAACAUCCUCAUCACCUUCCUCAACUUGGGUGACAUUAAGCUGCUCUUCAAACUCCUCAACUGGCUAGGGUACUCCAACUCAGCCUUCAACCCGCUCAUCUACUGCCGCAGCCCCGACUUCAGGCACGCCUUUCAGGAGAUACUCUGUUUGAGUCGAAAAGGGGGGAGCUGGGGAGGGAGGAGAGGAUGGGGAUGGUGCAGGGAGAGCGAUUCUUACUCCAAGCCUCCAGGUAGGACGAAUGGGAACUCAGACCUGAAUGAUGUUAAGGGGCUGGCCAUUCAGCAGAGGUCAGGGUGGAAAGGCAGUUUGGAAAGCUCAGUUCCAGACAGCUUACUAACUCUGGCUCCUGCGACGUCUUGCUGUGAGCAGGUUUUAGAAGUAGCUCCUGGUUCCCUGACAAACUGGCCGGUUAAAAGCUCUGCUAAUGGGAGCUGCAAGGAAAAUCUGGCUUCUAUUGCUUGACCAAUUAGGAUAUUAGACUUUACAUUCUGUGUGCAUCGCCGUGCAGUAAUCACCAUUUUGGUCAUUUUUGAGGCUGAAGCUUGUAGCCUCAUGUAGCUAAUAUUCUGUUGGGUGUGUUUCAGUCAAUGUUACUGAGGUUUUUCUUGUGAUCACUAUUCCUUUUUGCUGCUGCAGUUUUCCUAAUAACAAUGUAAAUCACAAUGACAGAGGCAGCUACACAAGUAAACCAUGCUCAGCAUUGUGUCAGCGUUAAAAGAGGUCUAACUUAAACCUUUAAGUGAAUUUUCAAGGCAUCGUAACACAACUUAUUGAGGCACAAUAAGGCUGCAUCACUCACAACAACACAAUGCUGAAGUGUACAAAAUGUACAGCGUAAAAAUUAUGAUUACCAGACAACAAACACAGAAAAACUGCAUCAGCAAAGUGAAACAAAACAUUACAAGAUUCACCAAACUGGUACUUACAUCAGGGCUAUUUUUGGAAGAUAUCUCUGUUAUUUUGUCCACCCCCUAUACCAAAUGGAUAUCAGAAAGGUGAAUUGGUGAAUGAAUUACUUGAUACGGAAAUACAGGACAAAUAGGAGUAAAUUAUUUAAGGACAAGUCUGCUGUUACAUCUAUCAUAUAUGCUCGAUAAUAAAAUAUCAUUCAUUCCAAAAUGCUCCUUUAUUGAAAACAGUCAAAUAGGAAAAUCAAUAAGUUGCUGUAGCUUAGAAGUGUAGAAAAAUGACAGGGCAGGAAGGUUGCAGGUUGAAAUUCCUGCACACCGUCAGGCUGGGAGGAGGCAAGUCAUGUACCCCGUCUCCUCAAAACUACAGUUAAAGUGCCAUUAUGCAAGAUAAGAUAUCAUAGCACCAACUGCUUCACAUCUACUGGACUGCAGGUCACAGCAGUUGUGAAUGUGUAGCAGCUCAAAAAGAGUAUUUUACAAUUUUAAAAGUAAGGAUUAAAACAGUUUUGUGUUUUAAUCAUUGUGGAUUCAUAACAGACUCUGAUUGAUCAUUUUGGAUAACUACACAUGCAAAUGCACAUGUGGAAACACGCAUGCUAGCACACAUACACACACACCCAUGCACACACUGGCAAUGCAGAAUAUACAGAAUAUACAUGCUCAGAUACACAAUGUCCUGAAUGUGUGUGUGUGCACGUAUUACAGAGAGAUAGAUAGUAAAAAGUUUUCAGGACCUUUAAGCUGAAUUUAAAUGAACAUUUAGAUAUAAUCUUGCAACACUGCAUCAAGACAACGACUACCUAUGGCCAAUCUGCCACAUUACUGAAGCCUCUGAUGUCCACUGGUGCCAUAUGAUACACAUCACAACAAGCUCAGUUGUUAUUUUCUACACAAACCAACAAGACAGGAAGCACAAGCUGGAAUUAAACACCACAUUUGAACGCUAAUAACCUUGUCUGCCAACUCAAGCAUCCAGACAAAACCUCCAGGAAACAGAAAUUAAAUAUUUUCUUUGCCCUGUGAAGUCUUAUUUGAAACAGAUUUUCUCAUUUGAGGCUCACUUAUAAUAACCUCCUCAGAAGAUCAAGUCUGCCUGUCUUUCAUUCCUUCCUGAUAAACCUCAUGGCUGGUCCAAAAUCAUUUACUGUUGUGUGUCAGAUAAACAUCUGCGACAAAAACUUGUGGCUAUCAUAACUGUUUGCUUUCUUUUAUCACAUAUUCGCUAGAACUUUUGUCCCUCUCUCUCUCCAAACAUCAGCAUCUAUCCACUCUUCCCUUUCAUCCUAUCUGCUUUAGCUCUGUUAUAUUAGGAACAUUGCAAUCUGUCAGACAGGGGAGAUUAUUUUCAUGCAUUGGGAUCUGUUUCCAUAACAUUGUCUGUUACACUCACUGUAAAAACAUAGUAGUCAGAUUACACAUAUUUUAAGUGCUUGCUUUUCACUCAGAAACUUGGUUGAAGUGAAAUUGUGCUUGGAUUAGUUUUUAUAUAAUUAUUUUCCAAAUUCAAAGUGAUGAUGAUAAUGUAGCGCACAUACAGUUUAUCUGUAAAGAUUACAUUAUGCUCUAAGUGGACCAAUUACAUUUUGAAAAUAGUCUCCCCAGCCCUGCUUUAAUGUGUAUAGAUAAUUAUUUAAUUUGCGUUACAUCUGAACAUGGUAUUGAGGAUCAAUAAUUGGCAAUUGUGUGCUGUAAAUAUGGUCUGCAAGUGUGUGUGUGUGUGUGUCGAUCUCUAUGUAUGUUUUGUGCACUUGUGAUGUGAUUAUUAGCUAUUUGUGCUUUUUAAAGCUUGAAACAUGCCAUUGAAUAUUUGUAAUUUACUGUGUAUGAGACUUGGAUUAACUAACAGUUGGAAAAUACUGUAGUUUUGUUUUUGUUUUGUUUUUCAAAUUCAUUAAUUUAUCUGGUUCUCCAAAAAGAACUAAUGCUUACAGUUGUUUUAAUGUGCGUUUUGCAUCAUGUUUGUUAAUAAAUGUGGACAAUACGGAUCACAGAGUUUAAGCAGCACUGAAACACAAGUCUACUCUCAAAAAAAGGAUUUGUCAUGUUACUGAGACAAAUCUGAUCCUUGCUUUGUUGAAACUAAAAGAGGCGUAGCUUUUCACCAGAGGAACGGAUUCUAUUUUCUACCUCCAGAGUAACAUGAAUGUCAUCUCAUCUCUGUACAUAUUUAUUCAUAAGCUGUUGUAUAUUUUUGUGAGUAAAAGAAUGAAGUUUUGAAAAUGUAAUGUUUGAAUAUGUUGCUUAGCUAAGUGCGGGUGGGUCGUUGGGUGUGUGAUCACAAGAGACAGGCCUUAAAAAAGAGAAAAAAGAGGAAGAUGUGUUACAUAACAUGACAACAGACAAAUAAGGUUAAAAUUAGCUUAAUAUUGUUUAGUGAUACUAUUCACAGCUUGCUUUCUAACAAACAACCUGGGGGAAUUUGGGGUUAUUUGGCCAAACAAGCAUUUAGCUGACUUUGAUUUAUUGUCAAUAAAAUUAUAGUCCUUCUUGUAAAAAAAAAGAAGUGCUGACACAGUUUUGUAAGACAGGAUGCUAAUAUAAUACUUCCUUGCCAACUACUGCAUUGUAAAGUUUUCAUUUUUGCAUUGGCACUCACUAACAAUCCAUGAUGGAAAUAGUGAUUUGUCAAGUAGCCAGUUGAGCUAAAAAAAAUCUCUCUGACAGACUGCGAGCAGCAUUCAUCAAAAAAUCUAAUUACAAAGACAGCCAUAGUUUCGCAUCAGGCAUGAAAUGUCCAUAACGCUGGCAAUUUUGGAAAAACGUUGCCUCAAAAGGCUCUUUGUCAACAAAUAAAAUGAGAUGAGGAAACGUGAUUCUUCUCGCACUUCAACUUUAACCUUUUUAAUUAAGCCCAUAGGACAGAGGCUUUUUGUGCUUAUUCAGUCAUCCAAGUUAUUCAUCAAGACUCGGCUUGCCUGUUUGCAUUAAAGUUAAAGUGUGUGUGUUGUGUGUAAGGCAUGACGUACACUGACAGGUGCAGGCGGUCACAGCAGCUACAGUAUCAGCUGCUGCAGAGGAAAUACAAUCAGUGCCUCAAUUGCCUCAAUACACACACACAGCUUUACAGUUCAACAUGAAAACUCACUGUGUGUGUGUGUGUGUGUGUGUGUGUGUGUGUGUGUGUGUGUGUGUGUGUGUGUGAAUGUGACCUGUUUCCAUGGAACAAGCUUCCAAUUUAGGUAUGUUAAGGUUAAUGUACUUAACAUGCAUGCCUUGUUAGCUGAAUCUAUUAUUAUAUUGUUUAGUGUCUUUUUUUCAUUUGUGUUUGUAGUAUUAAAACCUGCAAUCCAAUGGUCCUCUGAA